CCGCUCCGCGCCCGCUCCGCGCCUCCUCCGCGGGCUCUUGCCUGCCGCUCCGCAGCCCCCCUGGAUGCGGGGUCGGUAACCUUGCAAAGUUUCCGCUGCUGCCGGGAGCGCCUGUGCGUUGUCGUGAUUUUUUUCUUCUUUUUUCUUUUUAAGAGAGAGAGAGGGCAGAGCCUCGCUUCUCCCCCCUUCUUUCGCUCUCUCUCGCUUUUUAUUUUUAUUUUUGUUUCCCUUGGGGAUAGAAGGGCACGCGAGGGAAAAAAAGUAAAGGAAUAUGAUUGCUUCGUGGCUGACUUUCGCCUUGCUUUGUGGAACUUUCUGUGCAGGACCAGGCCAUGGUGAGGCUGAGACAAGGGAAUGCAUUUACUACAACGCCAACUGGGAGCUGGAGAAGACCAACCAGAGUGGCGUGGAGCGCUGCGAGGGGGAGAAGGACAAGCGGCUCCACUGCUACGCCUCCUGGAGAAACAACUCGGGCUCCAUCGAGCUGGUGAAGAAAGGCUGCUGGUUAGACGACUUCAACUGUUAUGACAGGCAGGAGUGCGUAGCCACAGAAGAAAACCCUCAAGUGUUUUUCUGCUGCUGCGAGGGCAACUAUUGCAAUGAGAAGUUUACCCAUUUGCCUGAAGUCACCGGCCCAGAAGUCAUCUACGAGCCGCCGCCACCAACGCCCUCCCUGCUCAACAUCCUGGUGUAUUCGCUGCUCCCCAUCGCUGUCCUGUCCAUGGCCAUCCUCUUGGCCUUCUGGAUGUACCGUCACCGCAAGCCUCCCUACGGCCACGUCGACAUUAAUGAGGACCCCGGCCCGCCACCCCCUUCUCCCCUGGUUGGCCUAAAGCCUCUGCAGCUCUUGGAGAUCAAGGCGAGGGGACGCUUUGGCUGCGUGUGGAAGGCUCAGCUGAUGAACGACUACGUAGCAGUGAAAAUCUUCCCUAUUCAGGAUAAGCAAUCUUGGCAGAGCGAGAGGGAGAUUUUCAAUACUCCUGGCAUGAAGCAUGAAAACCUUUUGCAAUUUAUUGCGGCAGAGAAAAGAGGGACAAACCUAGAGACAGAGCUCUGGCUGAUCACAGCUUUCCACGACAAGGGCUCUCUGACGGAUUACCUGAAGGGCAAUAUUAUCAGCUGGAAUGAGCUCUGCCACGUUGCAGAAACGAUGGCCCGUGGCUUGUCCUACCUUCAUGAAGAUGUCCCUUGGUGCAAAGGUGAAGGACACAAACCUGCUAUAGCACACAGGGACUUCAAGAGUAAAAAUGUCUUGCUGAAGAACGACUUGACGGCAGUGCUAGCCGAUUUCGGACUCGCCGUACGGUUUGAACCUGGAAAACCUCCAGGGGACACUCACGGACAGGUGGGAACAAGGAGGUAUAUGGCUCCCGAAGUGUUAGAGGGAGCAAUCAACUUCCAACGAGACGCCUUCCUGAGAAUAGACAUGUAUGCAAUGGGACUGGUGUUGUGGGAGCUAGUCUCCAGAUGUAGAGCAGUUGAUGGUCCAGUGGAUGAAUACAUGCUGCCUUUUGAAGAAGAAAUAGGUCAGCACCCAUCCCUUGAGGACCUGCAAGAAGUGGUGGUUCACAAGAAGAUGCGCCCCGUGUUCAAGGAUCACUGGCUGAAACACCCUGGCUUGGCGCAGCUGUGCGUGACCAUCGAAGAGUGCUGGGACCACGAUGCGGAGGCUCGGCUCUCGGCGGGCUGUGUCGAGGAGCGCAUUGCGCAGAUCCGCAAAUCCGUAAACGGCACUACCUCGGACUGCCUCGUCUCCAUCGUGACGUCCGUCACCAACGUGGACUUGCCGCCCAAAGAGUCUAGUAUCUAAGUCCUGGUUCACUUUUGUCU